AUGGAGAAUCUACCAGAGUCACCAUUUUCUGAAUCAACAUUGGGAUCAUCGUCACCAUCGCCAUCACAGAAAAAUCCUAAUGACUUGGGUGCUCUCACUCCAAAUCAGUUGGUGCUAUUGAUCCAUGAUGCUAGUCUUCGUGAAGAGGUCAUGCAUCACCUCUACGAGAAGAAAGAUUCAUGCAAAAAUCUAGCUCUGCUGCUGUGGAACAACUUCAAUACAGUUUACAUGCUUUUGCUGGAAGUCACAUCAGUGUAUAGCAAGUUUUCACCCUCAAUGCUAUCUAUGAAGGAAGCAACUCGAGUUUGUUGUGCUCUUGCUUUGUUUCAGGUUUUGGCUAAUAACCCAGAAACAAGAAGGGGCCUCAUAAAAGCUAAAAUACCAUGUUAUUUCUAUCCAUUUCUCAAGCCUUUUGGAGAUGAUGAGCAUUUGGAGCAUGUGAGGAUCACUACCUUGGGUGUUCUCGGUGACCUGACAAAGUUUGAUGAUCCAAAUGGAUCACAUGCCCUUCAUUUCUUCUUGGAAUCGGAAGUGGUUCCUUUGUGCCUGAAGUGCAUGGAUGUAUGUGAUGAAAUGUCACGGAAGGUUGCAACUCUCAUAGUUAUGAAUAUUCUGACGCAAGAGAGGGGACUGACCUAUUGUUGUGCUACGCGUGAACGCUUCUUCGCGAUAGUACAGGUCUUGAGACGAGUGGUUGAGAAACUUUCUCCAAAACCUUGUUUGCUGCAUCUAGAAUAUGUGAUACAGUGUUAUGUAUGUCUGUCAAAAAUAUUUAGGUCCAUCGGGCCAUGUGAUGCAUUCGUAAGACAAAUUCCUCCUCAGCUAUUUGACAACACCUUUAGGCGCACUCUUCUUCAUGACCACGAAGCUUCGUGGAUGUUGCAGGUGCUACAUCUCAAUAUUUAUGGAUGUCUAUAUUUUCCACCAAUUGAAGAGAGAAAAAAGAUUGCAAAGAAGGCUGCAUCAAGUUCUGCAUCAAGUUCAAAGGGCAAGGGAAAGGGAAAGAAGUGAACUUGUUCUGUAGGAAAAGACAGCAAAUAAUGACCUCAGUAGAGGGAAUAAUAUUUUAAGUUAACUGUUCAACUGUGAAAAGCUCGAGAACUUCUUGAGCCUCGUUAAGACUGAUACUUUUGCUUUGUUGUGUAC